ACGUGAGCCUCAGUCCAGACGUCAGAAUAAGGAAGCGGUGAGCCACAGUUAGUCAGCAGGAUCACAUGAGCUGCGUUCAUGUGAUCGAUUCACGUGUUCACAGGGAUAAAUACGACGAGACCAACCUUAUAACAGCAGGCAGAGGCUGGAGGGUAACGUUGAGCAAGGUGGUACCAAGAGCCGAUCAAUAAGCGACAGAAUGUGGUGUGCAGCUCUCCUGGUGCUGGCUGCCAGCUUGUCUGUGAGCCUGGCCAGACCCCGCAUCCAUCCUCUGUCCAGUGAUAUGGUCAACUACAUCAAUAAGCUUAAUACAACCUGGAAGGCUGGCCACAACUUCCGUGAUGUGGACUACGGUUAUGUCAAGAACCUCUGUGGCACUCUGCUUAAGGGACCUAAGCUCCCAGUCAUGGUCCAAAGUGCAGGAGGCAUGAAGCUGCCCAAAGAAUUUGAUGCCAGAGAUCAGUGGCCAAACUGUCCCACUCUGAAGGAGAUCAGAGACCAGGGCUCCUGUGGAUCCUGCUGGGCAUUUGGUGCAGCAGAGGCCAUCUCUGACCGUAUCUGCAUUCACAGCAAAGGGAAGGUCAAUGUGGAGAUUUCCUCUCAGGAUCUGCUUACCUGCUGUGACAGCUGUGGCAUGGGAUGUAAUGGUGGUUACCCCUCAAGCGCUUGGAACUUCUGGACCACACAGGGACUGGUGACCGGAGGUCUCUAUAACUCUCAUAUUGGUUGCCGACCCUACACCAUAGAACCCUGUGAGCACCACGUAAAUGGCAGCAGACCUCCCUGCACUGGGGAGGGCGGGGACACGCCUGAGUGUGUUGCACAGUGUGAAGCUGGAUACACACCAAGCUAUCAAAAGGACAAACACUAUGGUAAAACUGCUUAUGGUGUGGCACCCGUUGAGGAGCAGAUCCAAUCUGAGAUUUACAAGAACGGACCAGUAGAGGGAGCGUUUAUAGUCUAUGAAGACUUUCCUUCCUACAAGUCUGGUGUGUAUAAGCAUGUGACGGGCUCUCCUUUGGGUGGACAUGCCAUAAAGGUCCUGGGCUGGGGAGAGGAGAACGGUGUUCCUUACUGGCUCUGUGCAAACUCCUGGAACACUGACUGGGGUGAUAAUGGAUUCUUUAAAAUCCUCCGUGGAUCAGAUCACUGUGGUAUUGAGUCAGAGAUGGUAGCUGGAAUCCCCAAAUAAAACCAAAAGUUUUAUGCUGCUUCAUCGCCAGAGAGUGACGCAUUCCACUUAACAGUCAAUGGACAAAUGACUCUGCUCAGACUGACAUCUGAGGGGGGAAAACUCUAGCGCCUUCAGUUUCUAAGUGCAUUUUUAGAUUGGACAAAGACUUCCUGAUAACAAUUUACUCUUAUUCGAUGGUUCUUGUAGACCAAGCUGUUUACGAGUCUGUUUUAGGGCACUCCCACAUUUCACUUUAUUUGAAUUGCUUUGAAACAGGAUGUGACAUUAUACAGAUGAAUCAGCUUGUUUCUGUCACAACUCUUGUUUUGUACUGGUGAAAAUUGUAGGCGAUUUUAGAUUAAUGCAUGUUAGAACUCACUCAAGUAUAUAAAAGCACCCAGAUGAGCAGAGGUGUGUUGCUUGGAACAUAAGUGAUCAUACAGUGAUUGCUUGCUGCUUUUUACUGGCAAAAUAUACUCUGUACUAAGAAAUGUCAGAAUGUACUGUCUGUAAUGGCUGCCUGUUUUGGGUUUUUAAUUUUUUAUGUAGAUUGGAAUAAGAUGAACUGGGGUUUUGACUGCCAGUUAUGAUCAGAUGUUAGAAUUUUUUUUCAUCUGAAUUCAAUAAAUCAAACUUUUGUUGCCAAUAUGGUGGUAUUUCUCAGUUUGUACAACUGGUUAUUAAAACAAACAAACAAAAAUGUGGGUUGAUGUCAGAAAGAUGCAACUGUUUAAAAAUAGCAACACAAUAAAAAUGCAUUUACAUAUUUAAGAGAUUUUUAUGCAUCUUUCACCCAAAGGUCAAUGAGAACAUUUAAAACUAUAUACAUUAGACAUUGUUAGUCUAUUCAAAAACAUCUUUAUUGCAUACCUGUUCUAACUUGUUCAUAAUAAACUUAAUUAAAAUGGUGGAUGUUA